GCUGUUGUGCUCAGUCUCUUCAGAUAUUUCGAAUCGAACGCCACGUAGCAGCGAGCAAAAAGCCUACACAACGAUAUUUUCAAUACAACAAACCGAAUUUGUGCAUAUUUUUAGAAAAUUUUGCCAGUGAACGAGCAACACAAAUAAGCUGUCUUUUCCUGGGAUAUAAUAGAAGUGUUUUAUUUGCUCGAUCAUAGCUAAAAUAUAAAAUAAUUUGAUACAAAAUCGGUGGAAAACAGUUAUUGCAGCUGCAAGGCUACAGAGAAAGUUUGGAAUUAUAAUAUUUUCCUUAACCUUAUAUUUUUACAUACACACACAAACAUAAUUUUAAAUUUAUAUGUGUACAUAUGUAUGUAUGUAAUAGGGUAAGUGAUUAUUGAAUCCAUUAUACAAAGUUAACUGCCAAAUAACGUCUGGUAAAUGAUCGUGUUAGCGCCACUAAAAGCAGACAUUUCGUUUAUAUCAAAAUAUGUAUGGGCAUAACGGUCAUGGACGCGGUCCAUUCACCGUUCCUUUGAUCACAGAGACUUUCAGUGUGAAAAAAAUAUGCAUCUGUUUGCUCUUUGUGCUUUUCGUUUUUCCACAUACUUCUUACGAGCUAUUCGAUUUCGGUAGCGAUGGCAAGGAUGGUGAUGUAGCACGCUCCGCGGACGCCAUAAAGCCCUUAGGUAAGCGUCCCUUUGAAAAGAAAUUUAAAUUUCACAAAAUCGAACGCGUAUACAUCGACGAUGAGGAGAAUGAUGAUGAGCGUGGAAGCAACGAAAUCGUCGCAGAUGACAAAUAUGAUGGCAGCAAAACGAGAGAGGAUGACGACGACACGACGAGCAAGCCCACAGACGACGACAGCGAGCAAAUGACUGAAUCAGAUGAAUUGCCCUUCAAGCGAGCGCGUACGGCGCACAAGGAGCGACGCACUGGCAACUCGAAAAAGGCGAGUGGGGAGAAACCAACAUCUAAGAAAAAACAGAGAGACUCGGUCAAUGGCAAAAGAGAUACAAGUGAAGAAGAGUCGUCUUCAUUUUUCGGAUCAUUGUUUGGUAAUCUCUUUGGUGGUGGCGGUAGCGAAAGUGGGAAAUCACAAGAACGCCAACAGAAAUCAACAAGUGACGAAGACAAGUCCGCAGAGAAAAAUGAGCACUCCAAUGGUAUAAUAGACUGGUUGAAAUGGUUGAGUGAGCGAGGUGAACGUGCCGAGACUAAGAAAGUAGCAAAGGCUGAAAAUGCAGAUGCAGACACUUUGUUGUCUUAUCUCAACCGUUGGCCGUUCAAUAGUUUCUUUCCAAUAGGAAAACCAGAGAAGCACAUCCGCAUGCCGAGAGAUACCAAACCACCUGCUGCUUCGGCAGAGCAUGCCGAUUCGCAAGAAGAGCCGUCGGAAAUGUCGCAGGAAAACUUUGAAUCUGUGUUGCAUACUCUACCCAGUUUUGUAGCUAGUCCAAACCAUGCCGCAGAUACCGAGUGUAGGCAGCAGUUGCAGAUUUUUCAUCGACAACUACGCGGCAACAAACUGUGGACCUUACAGAUGUUAGAUGCCACUGGUAAAAUCACGUCGGGCAUUUUGCGCGGUAACAACAAUCAAUUCGGCGACUUCGAUCAGUGCAUGCAAGUGAAAACUGUGGUAAAAGUGACACCGAAAAAUCCGAUACGCGUUCGUGGUAAAUAUUGCCUAGCCCACAUUGAAAUGCAGACUUCAAAUAAGGAUCUCAGGGCGCCUUUACAUUUCGCACAAGGACGCGGACUUUGGGGUAGUCAUUUCGGAAACCCGUACCAUUUUGUUCCACGCUACAGCAUCGCCAACUGGGGUGUAUGCAUCCCGCAUCUGUGUAAAGGCGACGUCGUUAAACAAAUGAUCGAAAUGAAUCUACGAGCGUACAAUAAGACUGGCGUAGAGUUCCGCGUGGAGGUCGAUGAUGACGACUGCUAUACGCGUACCAAUGUUAAGCUUCUGAAAUUAAUAAAAAAGGAUACAAAUUUCGCCAUGACAAUUUUUUGCUUUUUUGGACUCACGGUCUUAUGCUUUGGCUCAUUACUUUAUAAAUACUGUCAUAAUAUAAAGGAUUGGCUGGUUGUCAAGUUUAAAAAGGCUGAGGAAGAUACGACUGGUCAAAGUGAAGUAAGCGCCGAGACUACCGAAGACACGAGUGCUGAGCCGACAAAAGAAGCCGAGCAAACAGAAGAUACCGAGAUAGCAAAUGAAUUAAGCACUGGCGAUGACCACGAAGAAUCACCCGCUAGUGUGCUUCAAUCCCUCAAGGACAUGUUGCUGGAAAUCAUCAAUUCUUUCUCACCCCAGCGCACAUUUACCCAACUACUCGGCAGCGAUCACUUCGAGACAGCGUUCCCCAUCUUCAACAUACUCAAAUUAGGCGCCACAUUUGCUCUCUAUGUCAGUCUCAAGUACAUAAUGAUCGGGCAUCUGCCGAUUAUUAAUCGUGAUAAAUUAGUGCGAGCACUGGAUCAAUCGCACAGCAUCCUUUUCCGAUCGCCAAUGAUCUACAUGGACGUACUGUUAAUGAUAAGCGGAUUUUUGGUCGCCUACCAGUUGGCUGAGGAAAUAGAGCAAAAAACGCAUAUUCAACUGCUGAAACGAAUGGCCUUGAAAAUAUCACGGUACCUGCCAACUUUGUAUGUGGUGCUACUCUUCCAAACAUCCAUUUUGCCGUUACUUGGCUCAGGACCACUUUGGACAAAUUUAGUCGGCCAAAACACCCGUUUAUGUGAACAACAAAUGUGGCGGAACUUCUUCAGCGUACAGAAUGCCAUUGACAUUGAAGAUACAUGCUCACCCAUGACCAUACAACUGGCUAUCGAGGUGCAACUCUACAUAUUGGGACCCUUGCUCGUGUGGCUCUACCACACAGAUACAGACGCAGCGUUUUUCAUUUAUUGUGCUCUACACGCAAUGUCUGUCGCGGCGCGUUAUUCGCGUACUCAAAGUGAAUAUUUGUCUGUGACACUGUUUCAUGGCAUGAACAUCAGCAAGUUCUAUCGCACGGCCAACCUGUUAUUCUCGUCGCCUUUAACACGAGCUACACCCUAUCUGCUCGGUAUCGGCACCGGUCUGCUGCAUCGUUCACAAGCUGGUGUCAUCGAGAUUGCUAGCGAACUCAUACCCGUAGGUUGGUUGUGUGCCGCAGUGAGUUUGAUCUGGUGCUUCUGGUCACCUUCGAUUGGCAUGCAUACAGAUUUCGUGUAUGCAGCAAAGGAUGCAGCUGCUUAUGCUGCUUGGUGUCCACUUAUACUUGGCCUAGCACUGGCAUGGUGCAUUUUUAUGUUUCCCAGAGAUGAGAAUUCAAUUCUGCGGUUUCUCACCACCCUCAGACCAAUAUUGUUUCUUUCACGCAUAACCUUUCCCCUACAACUGGUGACUUAUGUCGUUGUGCUGUACAAUACUGCGAUCGUGACGGAGCCACGGAAAUAUCACUUGAGUGAUUUGAUCAACUUUAAUGAGAUUGGAGUAAUUAUCAUUGGCGGUAUUGUGUUGGCAUUCCUAAUCGAUGUACCCGCACAAAAUGUACGCAAGAUCAUUAUAAACCGCUUAUUUAUAGAGCGUGCGGCGAGUGAACAUGAUAUAGAGCCUGAACUCAGUUCGGGUGCAGAGACUUCUGAGCCAGAGGGUGAUGCUGACCCGGAAAUCGAUGGAGAAGAGAUUAAAGCGGUUAAUGGAGAGGAGGAGAGUAAAGAGGGUGGGGGAAGCACUGAAGAUGUCAGCGAAAAUUUGGCAAGUGAAAAGAAAGUCGAUAUGGAUAACGAAAUAGCCGAGGAUGAUGAGGAAGCGGAAGAGGAAGAGGUGGUGCCGGAAACAGAAGAAGAGACAGAAGCAGAGAACGAAGCGAUUAUUAAAGAGAAAGACAACGAAAUAACUGAAGAAGACGAAAUUAAGAAACGACCAGCAAAAGACGAGAACGUGCAAGAAGACUCAACCAGCUACAGACGUAGGCGAAGACGAAUCAGUGAUGAUUAAGCGGUGUAUUUAUUUUGCUAUAAAAAAGACAACUAACUAUGUAUUAUUAGUACAUCAUCAAGCAGCAGGCAGUUGACAUUUUUGGUAAAACGACUUGAGCAAACAUUGAUGAAUGGUCAGCUCACCGUUAAGCAGAAGCGAGUAGCAAUGCCACGCUAUACUCUUCUUUUCUUGAAGUUUGAAUCAAUACCCAACGACACGACCACAAUUAUUGGCUAAACGAACCCCACUUUGAACCCGAAAUUUGUUAAACUUUUUAUUUAAAAUUCAAUUUGUGUUUCAUUAUUUAUUUACUAAAAUUGUUUACACAUACUUGUAUGUACAUAUAGAUGUAAAACAUACACUAUUAUGUACAGUUAUUUUUAUUUCUCAAAACCUAUUCUACCAAAAAGUAUUUCUUCUUCCACACUCUCAUAUAUGUAUGUAAUUGUACGUUUAUAUAAAAUAUUUAAAGAAAUAUAAAAUAAAAACUAUUGAAUAAAGUACACUUCCUUAACCAAAUUGUUCUGUUGUGUUUACAACAACAUGUACUGUUUUGAAAUGUGGCAAGUUUCCUCAAUAUGUAUGUAUGUAUGUAUAU